ACACCACAAAUCAAGCGGCGACAAAGACAUGCCUAUCUGCCUGCCUUUUCUUUGAAUCGUGUGAGAGUGAGCGGCCAACCCAGGACGAAACGGUAGCCAAGUGACGCAUAACACCUUCUGUCUUCAUGUGCCCCGCUAGUUGUCGUUCGUGUACCGUAACAUGAAUAUACGUCAACUGCAGUCGACAUAUCACCGCUUGAGGAGCAUGCUUGGAUGAGCGCGACUUUUUGUUUUUUGUUUGCACUUUAGCACCUCCGCCACCAUGGCUUCGUGGAUGCCAGCCUACUUCCAGAAGCGCCUGCUUCGUGCUGCCUUAUCACGUAUUGCAUUGCUGGACGUAGACUCUUUAGAUCUCGACUCUUUGGGCGUUAAGAUCGGCAGGACCAGCACUGUUGAGCUCAAGAACGUCGGUCUUCAUGUCGAAGAACUCACGGCCUUGUUACAGCUCCCACCGAACCUUCGCCUCCUGGUCGCUCGUGUGCUGUCGCUGCGCCUGACCAUUCCCGCCAACUUCUUCCAGCAAAGCAUCAUCGCUGAGUUAGAUGGAAUCGAUGUACAGGUCGCCGCCGAUGUGCCUGCCGAGCCUCGCGACAAUGCCGACGACUCGAAGACCCCCGAGCAUCGCAAGACGAACAGACGAAUACACUCUCCCUCGCCUCCUUUUCACGAUACCAGUGGCCUUCCCUCAACACAGCGUCUGGCGCGGUCCAUCUUGUUGGAAGAACCGCUAGAAGAGAAGCAAGAGUUGGAGGCUCGCUACAUGGCCAAGUCGUCUUUGAGUGACACAAGCGACGACUUGGGUACUGGUACAAGCUUGGGUUUGCCUGCUAUGGUCGCUAGCUUUCUACAAGGAAUCGUGGAUCGUGUCCAGGUAAGGAUAAAAGACGUCAACUUCAGGCUGUCAUACCAGGACUCCACCCCUGAGACAACUCCUACCAUCAUUAUUGCACACGUCGCAAGCAUUGAUGUUCGCGCUGCGGCUGCUUAUGUCGAUGCUGAUGGUGGAAACACAACUGCACCCACGGGAAAGCGAAGACAGAUCAACCUGCAAGGACUUGGUGUUCACUUGCUGCAUGAAGAACAAGUCUCCCGUACACGCACCUCGGUAGCUGAUCUGUUCGCUUCCUAUGCAACGGAAACCUCACGUGGCAGAGAAGAACACACGGGAGACACACCUAUGGAGCACGAACCAUCUCUGGCAGAGUCUGGUGUUUUACCACACAUUCAGUUUCCAGCUCAUGCAUAUCUGUCGGACUCCGAUCAGGAGAGUUUGCCUGACGAGAUGCUUCAAAGCACUGCUUCUUUUGAUAUACGUCCCGGUGAAGACAACAUCUCCUGGGCAUCCAGACGUAGCCAGAACUCGUCUGGUCAUGAUCAGAUUUGGUCUUCGUUCGCACCUGAACAUGAUCCGACAGCAUCAGACAUACUCCAAGAUCUGUCAUCAUCUGUCUUUCUGAGUACGAUUGACGCUAGAGGAUCGCCUAGCACAAUGUCACAAUCUCCAGGUGGACAAUCUUUCAUCAGUGCGCAGGACCCACAGACCGCCUCGAGUUCAAGAUUUUUGCAUCGGGAAAUUCAGUCUACGGGAAGCAUUCGUGGUGCCAGACAUGUUGGAGACGACAACAUUAUUGACAGCCCGCCAGCUUUGUCUCCCGAAGAACCAGAGGCCGAGACCGAUCUAGCGGAGUCUGUGGUUUACAGCCACGCUGAGGCUGAGAGCAUGUACAUGAGCGCUGUAGGUCAGGAGCCAGGAUCUCCAAAUCUGAAGAUGCUCCCAGGUGGAUGGAACUCUGUACUAGACGACGACGAAGAUCUGGACCCGCCGUUUUUGUCGCAGCACUUGACCGAACAACCUGGCUAUGAGUCUGAGGAUAGAGCUCCUACACCCAGAUUGCAGAGCUAUUCACCUGUCUCUGAACGACAAGCUGGAGUUGAGCCACAAGAAGGAAAAGCCACAUCGCUGAACUACGUUUCAAAAGAGAUUUUGAUUUUACGUGAUCUCGAUAUUGGUAUUCGACAAACCUCCGGAGCUAGUACACGUAUGCAAGACGCUGGAGAUGUAAAUUCCCAGAGUUUGAUGGCUACUUCCGCCUUUCAUCAGGCUCCAGGUGCAUUCUCAAUUUACGCUGAAGGAGGUCGCUCUUCCCUGCGUUUCAACGCACCUGCUAGAUCUGACCAAACAUCUGAUGGUCUUGAAGAGGACGACAUUAUUGAUACAACUAUUGAAGUUGCUGCCAGUCCGAUCAUGUUGCAACUAGAUGCCGACACAAUCCGUUCGUUCAUUGCACUGAUGGAUGUCGCGAAAGGACCGGCUGCGACACGGCGGGCUACCGAAUCUCGUCCGGCUCCCGACCAGAGACUACCAAGUCUUCAGUUGCAGAUCGAACAGUUCCGUGUCGCUCUUCUUGAAGAUUUACCUGAAAAAUCGGUCGAACUUGCUGAUCUGUCUUCGUGGCGACCGAGUCCACCUUCCGAUCACGAGAAGAAAGCGUUGUUGAAGCUCGAACUACAACGCGUCGACCUUGAAGUCAGUGGUCAUUUCUCACCUGCAGACAUAAAUUUGCAUAUCGGAAACUUCACGUUCACUGCCGGUACCAACGAUGUUAUCUCUUUUGACCUGUCUGGAAGGCAAACAGAUCAAAAGACUCCCCAACGUGUGGUCUCAAUUGCUACCCACACAAACACAACGCUACAAGGGCAAGUCGAAAGGAGGAUAGACGCCCGGAUACUGCCUAUUCGUGUUGAUCUUGAUCUGAUGAAGUUCGAUGAAGAUUUCGAUGCUUUGGGCGGAUUGACUGGUGUUGUUGAGAUGAGCUCAUCACUGCUGUCAAGUGGCGUCUUUGCCAACAAGUCAGAAAGCCCAGGCCCGCCGCGUAGGGGUGUCCGAUUCCAGGAGCCAGCGAUCGAAGAAAGCAUUUCUUCACAAACAAAGCUCAGUGCAAACCUGAAGGGGCUCGAUGUGAGAUUGGCAUCUCGAUCUUGCUCUCUGGAACUACGAGCAUCGACAAUCCACGUCCUCCCCCGACAAGAUCGUGUGUUCGUCAGUGUUGACAGGAUGUCUGUCACGAUGCCCGUGGUGAACACUUCAUCCGAAUACUCAGACUUCGAUAUCGUUAUUGAGAAGUUGAGUAUGAUCUACUCAUUCUCGCCAAAAGAACAAGACCUUGCUCGAUUGUUAUCGCUUGUCACCCCCACCAAGAACAAGUACGAGAACGAUGAUGAUAUUAUGAUCCACACCCUUCUUAGACAGAGGAGGAAAGGGUCGGUAUUGAACGUGCAAGUCGCAAAGUUUCAGACGCACAUCAACGCAUGGGAAUUUGUACCCUAUCUCCAGUCUCUUGUUGAAGAGCUAUCUAAGCUGUCAGCCGUCACCAAGUACUUGCCAGAAGAUGACACUCCUGGGGUACUUUUACUGGUUCGGGUCGACCACACAAGACUCCAAGUGCCCGUCAACGAGCAAUUUGGGCCCAUGGACGUUUCUUUCAAGAACAUCCAGAUAGCUCAGGUAGGACUGCCGGCUCUCUAUGCGCUCUCCAUCGGCAGUAUGAAUGCAGGUCCAGCUGGCAGACACGACAUAAUUCACGAGGUGCUCUCUGGGGCUUGCACAGAAGAAUAUCCUAUGCUCAUGGCACGUAUGGUAGGAGACGAAGCGGAACCUGUCGUGAAGGCCAAGUUGUUCAACAUCUGUGUCGAGUAUGACAUCCCUACUCUCCUGUCUCUAACCAACACAGCGACAGCCUCAGAGGUAGAGCAUAAAGUACACGACCUUGCGACCUCUGUUCUUGACCCCUCGGCUUUUGGGCUUCCGAACAAGUCACAUCCGGGUGUUGAUUCAGUCAAGUCUUCGAGCAGCUCCAGCAAAACGCUUGAUAUUGAUGUUCUGCUCCACGACUGCGCCCUUGGUCUACAACCCAGAGACUUGGAAUCGAAAGCCGUCUUACUACUUACGAACACAAAGUUUACCACUUCAGUCCCACCAACCGAAUCAUUCGAGGCUACGUUGAACAUGCGAACAGCAACACUCUAUAUUGUAGACCAGACUACUGCUUCACCUCCUGACAAUACAAUUUCCCCCGGUAUAUCUUCUCAGCCAAACCACUCUCUUCGUCUGCAAAGCUAUCUCUUGCAAAAAGGCUAUGUUACUGUCACUACUAUUGGAUCCGCACAAGCGACCGUAUGCAUCACGGAAGACAAGUCCAAUUCCGAGAAGUUUAUCGAUGUUGAGUUGCGCGAUGAAUUCUUCUUAUUGGAGACCUGUGCCGACUCUACACAGACCCUAAUUGCAGUACUCAAUGGCCUAUCACCACCAGCAAUCGCGAACGAUGAUCCAAAAUUCCGCACUCAGCUCGAUCCCGGGCUUAUGACACUCGAUGACAUGGUCAACUCCUUCUCGGGCGAGGCUUUUGUCAAACCCGGCCCUGCGCCCUCUGCUCUGUUCGAUGCCGAGACGGACUUCCCAUCACCUGAUGAAGAAGAUCUCAUGAUCGGAUCGGACAUCGACGAGGAAGGAGCCAUGGCUUUUGAAGACGAAGAUUUCUACGGCGAAGGAGGUCUCCAGUCUGACACUGUCGAGAGUCUUCUGGAGCAGGAUCCAUUCGAGAUCACAAGCUCGCCGCAAUUCAGCGAUGAUGCUUUGUUGCGCAGCCUGAGAAAAGAGCUCGGCACUUCAGACCUGACGACUCCUGCAGUGAUCAGACCAUUUUACCAGGAUGAUCGACAACUCGACAAGAUCUAUGGGGGCUCGAGAACGCUAGGAGAAGCUCACGAGCAGCAGAAACAGUUCCCAAUCCAGGUACGGGUACGAGGCGUUAACAUCAUCUGGAACCUGUACGAUGGCUUUGACUGGCGACGAACCCGCGAAACUAUCACGCAGGCAGUCGAGGAAGUGGAGUUGAAGCUGGAAGAACGCAAGUCGAGCCGACGCAGGUCUAACACCUUUGAGGAAGAAACAGAGACAGUGAUCGGCGACUGCUUGUUCAACUCCAUUUACAUUGGCGUACCUUCAGCACGUGAAGCUUCAGACCUUCGCCAUUCGAUCAGCAAUCUGAUAAACCAGGGUAAUGAAGUCGCGAGUGAGACAGAGAGCUAUGCCACGACUGGCAUCUCAAGACCGAGUCAAGCUGACAUUAACCGCCAAAAGAAACUUCGAAAGAAGCGACUUCGACUCCAGCGUGGUGCGUCCAACAAGCUUGGAUUCGAACUCAGAGGUCUCGCUCUCGAUUUUCUGGUGCACCCCCCUGGUAGUGGUGAGGUGCAAAACUCUGUCGAUAUCAGGGUGACAAAUUUCGAGAUUUUUGACCACGUACCGACCUCUACUUGGAAGAAAUUCCUGACGCUCCACAACGACAAGAAGAACAUGCGCGAGAUGAUGAAGCCCAUGAUCCAUCUAGAGCUCCUGAACGUUCGACCAGUGCCAGAAUUAGUAGCCACGGAGAUGACCAUUCGUGCUUCCGUUCUCCCACUACGCUUGCAUGUCGACCAAGACGCAUUGGAGUUUAUGACCCGCUUCUUCGACUUCAAAGACGACUCUUCCAAGCCUACCGAUGCAAAUGCCGAGCCUCCAUUCAUACAACGGUUGGAAGUCAAUACUGUCAACUUGUGUCUUGACUACAAGCCAAAGAAGGUCGACUAUGUCGGUCUACGAAGCGGCCGUAUGUCUGAAUUCAAGAACUUUGUGACUCUUGAGAAAGCCAACAUCAAGCUCAAGCACGCGAUAAUCUACGGUCUAAAAGGAUUUGACACACUACAUGACACCUUGAGCGACAUAUGGACACCCGACGUCAUACACAACCAGCUUCGCGGUGUCCUUGCUGGUAUUGGAAUGACAAGACCUCUUGUCGAACUUGGCAUAGGCAUCCGUGACAUUGUCGCUGUCCCUGUCGCCGAGAUCAGGAAGGAUGGCUUCAAGGUUCGCAGUGUUCAGAAAGGCGCUUUUAAAGCACUGAGUACGACCUCAUCCGGGUUCGCGCGUCUAGUUGCAAAGGUUGCGAUCGGCACGGGGACCAGACUGCAAGAAGUCGAAGACAUGCUGUCCCCGGCUCAGCGCACACUUAGUAAUCAGAGCCAGCAGGAUGUUGAGGGAGAAUACGAGGAGUCCCAACAACGCCAGGUCAGCAACUAUGCAGAUCAGCCCCUGGGCGUGAUCCAAGGCCUGCGUUCCGCGCGUCUUUAUCUCGAGCGAGACCUGACAACGGCACGCGAUGCUAUUAUCGCUGUUCAGGGAGACUUCCUGGCCAGCGGGACCGCCGCAGGGGCAGCCCGGGCGGUGGCUCGACAUGCGCCAACCAUAUUGCUCCAACCUGUCAUUGGCGUCAGCCGCGCGGUGGGUCAAACCUUCAAAGGUGUCGGCAACCAAGUCGACCGCGAGUAUAUCAAGAAGUCGGAAGAUAAGUACAAACAUCAUUGAGAGCCGGCCGUUAGCUACAAGGGGAGAUCACGACGAUAUAAUAUCAGCUUUCCAUAUGCAGCUCUUCGUGACGAUAUACAACGGAAAUACAAGGAGAAGGGGAGGGAGAAACCGGGGAGGGCGUUUGGUGAUUCAUUAUACAGAUCGGUGACUCGUAUUCGCACAGCGCUGGCGUCUUUUGACUUUCACUGUCCGUAAACAGAUAUCUACCGUCAAUUCGCGAGAGUCUGAUUGGACUUCUUCCUCUCAGCUGAUUUUCCACGUGCUUGUUUGCAGCGUGAGUAUCGAUGGCAGAAAAAUACGGACG